ACGGAGUCGACGGAGUGAAGAAGCGAACGGAAAAGUAACUAACUGAGCGAGCGAGCGAGAGAGAGUUAAAAUGGUGUUUGAAGAUUCUUCAGUAUCGGCGCUUUUGGCCGUAGAGAAUAUCGAUCCUAACACCACGACGAACUCUAGCCUUAAGGAGAAGCAUUUUCCGGCGAUAAAGGGGGCUAUCUCCGGCGACGAGGAAGGUCUGUCGAAGGAGAAAAAGAGAAAUGAAGACGCGUCGAAGAAAUCAACCACCGUAAUCCAUAAGUCGCACUUGUUCGAGAAUUCUUGGACAUUUUGGUUUGAUAAUCCUUCGUCCAAGUCGAAUCAAGUCACAUGGGGAAGCUCUUUGAGAUCUUUGUAUACAUUCUCUUCUGUUGAGGAGUUCUGGAGUCUUUACAAUAACAUCCAUCCUCCAACCAAGUGGGUUCCAGGGGCGGAUCUUUACUGCUUCAAACAUAAGAUUGAACCAAAAUGGGAAGAUCCUAUCUGUGCUAAUGGAGGAAAAUGGACUAUGAUGUUCCCUAAAGCUACACUAGAAUCCAAUUGGCUUAACACGCUACUUGCUUUAGUUGGUGAGCAAUUUGAUCACGGAGAUGAGAUUUGUGGGGCAGUUUUGAACUUCAGAGCCAGAGGGGACAGGAUCUCUCUAUGGACAAAGAACGCUGCAGAUGAGGAUGCUCAGCUAAGCAUUGGGAAGCAAUGGAAGGAACUUGUUGGUUACAAUGACACAAUCGGAUUUAUAGUUCAUGAGGAUGCAAAGACUCUUGAUCGUGAUGCUAAAAAUCGGUAUACUGUAUGACAGAUACACAGGUUUACUUGCCUAGCUUUGCAGGGAAAAAAGAGAAGACUUAAAGGGAAGUCGGAAGUCAUAUGAGAACAGGACCUCUAAUUGUUUUUCUGAUCUUAUCUUUACUGUAAAAAGAUGCACAUCUAGUUUUCAUUUUCAAGUAUCAGAAUUGGUGAAAUGGCUUUGUAUCAAAUGUACAUGAGUUUUUAACUUUCUUAGUGGUAUACAGAAAAAUGAAAAUUUCGAUAUUAAAUUUCUUUGUUAA